CUGAUUGGCCGCGGCGUUGUCGGCGGUGGCUCCGCUGUUGCUGAGGGGAAGCGAGAGAGGCCUGGCCGGGGCAAGAGAGGCCAGGAGCGGACCACCGCUCCCUGAGUCUGUGCCCAGCCUGGGGGGAAGAUGAAACCAGUGAGAAAGGCUGCCAGUUCCUCCUCUUCCUCCUCUUCAGGCAGCAGCAGCUGCAGCCGCUCGCCACCCUCCACCCGGGCCAAGACUCAGAAGCGCAGGACAGCCGUUGAAGAGGGAGCAGAGGAAGAGGCUCCUGAUCAGCCCCCAGCCUUUGUGGGUGCCCGGCGCAUGCAGGUGCCGAUGGACCCCGGCCUGCGGGACUUGGCGGGGGCGCAUGAUGACCCCUACAAACUGCCCGAAGGGGAAGCGCAGGUGGGGGCUGAGGCCUGCGGGACAGAAGCCUCACUGAACCGCAAGACGGCUACGUUUAAGUCGCGCGCGCCGUGCCGGAAGUACCCCGGGGGUGAAGAAUCGGAUGGGAGCGAGAACGUAGCAGCAGCCUCGGAGGAUGAACCCCGGCGCUGUCCUUCUUCCAGUACGGAUACGGCCAGCGAGCACUCUGCAGACGAGAAUGACAAGGGGGCCGGAGACGUGUGGGUGAUGCCCCCCAGCGGAUACGACCUGCGCCAGUUGCGCUCCCAGCGGGUGCUGGCUCAGCGAGAAGGACUCUUCCAGCCAGCCGUUGUGAAGCAGGUCAGGCGAGGGCAGGACUUGGGGGUGCAGUUUGUGGGGGACCGUGUCACAGCAUAUUAUGAAGGGGCAUUGGGGUCUGGCACUGUGGACGUUGUUCUGGAUGCUACCCCUCCACCUGGGGCCUUGACUGUGGGCACCCCUGUCUGUGCUUGUGUGGACCCUGAGGAGACGGCUUAUCAGGAGGGCACCGUGGUGGAAGUCAGUGCCAAGCCUGCUUCCUACAAAGUGCGGUUUGCCCAUCCUGUGGUUCUCCCUGGGGCUGCCAGCGCUGCCCGCAAAGACUCUGCCUGGGUGCCCCGCUCUGCUCUGCGCCUUCUGCGCUCCCCGUGGCAUUGUGACCAUCCUUCUGAAGACAACAGGCCCCCCGAAAAAACGCCUCCGUUGCCAGAGCCAGAGGAAGCUGCUCUGGCCCUCCCGUGCCCUGAGCCCAAGCAGCCCGAAGAUGCUGAAGUCUCUAAGAUCAGCGCUGGGGUGCGGGCAGAGGAGAAGUCUGUGGUGGUGCCACCCCAGAUCCUCUCCCCCCCGAAGUCACCCGCCUUCCCUCGCCUUCCCGAGCAGCGAUCGCCCUUGUUGAGCCCAGAAGCGAGUGGAAGCCGCAGCAGCAGCGUGAUGUCCGUGGACAAGUGCAGCACGCCAGGGUCCUCUCGCUCCCGUACGCCCCUCACCGCCGCCCAGCAGAAGUACAAGAAAGGGGACGUGGUGUGCACCCCCAACGGCAUCCGCAAGAAGUUCAACGGGAAGCAGUGGCGGCGGCUCUGCUCGCGGGACGGCUGCAUGAAGGAGUCUCAGCGGCGGGGCUAUUGCUCGCGCCACCUCUCCAUGCGCACCAAGGAAAUGGAAAGCCUCUCGGAAGGCCGAGGCAGCGGUUUGCGGGAGGGCAGUGCCGAGUUUGACUGGGACGAGACUUCACGGGACAGCGAGGCCAGUAGCGCUCGAGGAGACUCACGGCCUCGCCUGGUGGCCCCUGCUGAUUUGUCGCGCUUUGAGUUUGACGAGUGCGAAGCGGCCGUCAUGCUGGUGUCCCUGGGCAGCUCCCGUUCAGGCACCCCUUCUUUCUCGCCUGUCUCCAACCAGUCCCCCUUCUCACCUGCCCCCUCCCCCUCCCCCUCCCCUCUUUUUGGCUUCCGUCCAGCCAACUUCAGCCCCAUCAAUGCCUCACCUGUAAUCCAGCGGGCCGCUGCUCGCAGCCGCCAUGUGAGUGCCAGCACCCCAAAGGGGGUCGGGGGUGCGGUGCUGAGCCCUGAGAUGUUGCAUCACGCCACCUCCCGGGAGCGCCAUCAUUCAGGCAUCAGCUUUCAGACCAACCUUACCUUCACGGUGCCAAUGAGCCCCAGUAAACGGAAAGCCGAGUCGCACCACAGUAGUACCAGCUCAGCAGCUGACUUCCACAAGAAUGACAGUCUCGACUCAGGAGUAGAGUCCAUUUCCCACACCCCUACCCCUUCGACCCCUGCUGGCUUCCGGGCUGUGUCGCCUGCGGGAGCGGGGCCCUUUUCCUCGCGCUCUCAGCAGGCCUCUCCGCUCUUGCUGGUGCCCCCGCCAGCUGGACUGACCUCCGAUCCUAGCCCCACCGUGAGGAGGGUGCCUGCCGUGCAGAGGGACUCUCCGGUUAUUGUGCGCAACCCAGAUGUGCCGUUGCCCUCCAAGUUCACUGAGAAGCCCCUGGAGGGGCGAGUGGGCAGUCCAAGGAUGGGGAAAGCUGGCUCCAAGGAACACUUGUCAGGGAAAGGGCAGUUGCAAAUGCCAGUGCCCAUUAAUGUGGGGCGAACUCUGCCUUCCAGCCAGCCUAGUGUGGUAUCUGCCCCUGAACAAGCCCCACCUAUUUUCAGUGUGUCCUCCCCCUUUCAGCCUGUUGCCUUCCACCCCUCCCCAGCUGCCCUCCUGCCUCUCCUUGUCCCUGGAGAGUAUACCAGCCACCCUGCUCCCAAGAAGGAGAUUAUCAUGGGACGACCUGGCACAGUGUGGACAAAUGUGGAGCCGCGGUCUGUGGCAGUAUUCCCAUGGCACUCACUAGUGCCCUUCCUGGCUCCAAGCCAACCAGAUUCCUCAGUGCAGCCCAGUGAAGGCCAGCAGCCUGUCAGUCAUCCGUCCACAUCCAAUCAGAACAAAGAACCUCCCGAAUCAGCUGCUGUAGCCCAUGAACUCCCUGGGUUAUCUUCAGAGGCUGACAGUGCAGGGAGGCCAACCUCCUCGCACCCUGAUAGUCCCGCUCCAGUUCCCCAACCGUCUUCGGUGACUCCAGGAGGAGGCGGAGGUCCAUCUCAGCAUGAUGAUGACCUCCCAGGGCACCCACGCCUGGAUAGCGAGACAGAGAGUGACCAUGAUGAUGCGUUCCUAUCCAUUUCAUCUUCUGAGAUCCCAAUCCCACUACUGCCUGGCAAGCGGCGUACCCAGUCUUUGAGUGCGCUGCCGAAAGAGCGCGAUUCUUCCUCUGAGAAGGAUGGGCGGAGUCCAAACAAGAGAGAAAAAGAUCACAUUCGGCGGCCAAUGAACGCUUUCAUGAUCUUCAGCAAGCGGCACCGGGCCCUUGUACACCAGCGGCACCCCAACCAAGAUAACCGUACUGUCAGCAAGAUAUUGGGCGAGUGGUGGUACGCGUUAGGUGCCAAGGAGAAGCAGAAGUACCAUGACUUGGCCUUCCAGGUGAAGGAAGCCCAUUUCAAAGCACACCCUGACUGGAAGUGGUGUAACAAAGAUCGGAAGAAGUCUAGUUCGGAUGUGAAGCCUGCUGGACCAGGGGGGUGCCCCAAGGAGACACGUGAACGCAGCAUGUCAGAGACAGGUCCUGCUGCUGUACCUGGAGGUACUUCUGAAAUGCUACUGGGGCCAGAUGGCAAGGUGGGGAUCCUGGGAUCUGGGCACAUCCAUGGGGAGCGAAUCCUGCCCUCAGGGUCUGAUGCACAGCGCCCACGGGCCUUCUCCCACAGCGGUGUGCAUGGCAUGGAGAGUGACCGGGACAACCAGGUGUUGCAAGAGCUUACCCAGAUUUGCUCUGGGCAGUCUCCAUAUGCCAGUGGAAAGGGGCAGUAUGGGGGGCUGGGCCCCUCAGGGUCCCCAUUUGCGACUCCGGGUGAGGGUCCCCGUCAUUCUCUGCACCCACAUUCCUCCCGUGCCUCUCGUUCUCAACGCACAACCAGCGAGGACAUGACCAGUGAUGAGGAGCGCAUGGUUAUCUGUGAGGAGGAGGGUGACGAUGACGUUAUUGCUGAGGAUGGGUUCAAUCCGGCUGAUGUUGACUUGAAGUGCAAAGAGCGAGUGACGGACAGUGAUAGUGAAGGAUCAUUAGGGGAUGAAUCCGACAGCAAGGACUUUGGACGAAAACUCUUUGCCCCAGUGAUCCGCUCAGCAGCCCUGCCUCCUCCUUCUGCUCCCUUUGCCCCAUGUCGUCCGCAACCUCCCCUGGACUUGGAGCCGCCACCGCCGCCACCGCCGCCACCACCUCACAGUCACGAUGAGCAGCCCCCUUCUAAAUCUUACAGUUCCUUCCAGAUGUCCCCCAGCACCUUCAAGGCCCAAGACUCACAUGGAGGUCUUCGUCCCCACAACACCCCAACCAAGCGGUUGGAGGCGCGCUUUGACCCAACAGCUGCCCCCUACAGGCGGAAGAGAGCAGACAGUGCAGGGAGUUCCCAGGGGCCUGCAGAGUCUGGAGCAGCUCCCCUCUCUGUCCCCGCCCACUCUGUCAUCUCUCCGCCCGGCGGCGUGGUGCAAACUGUGGUGCUUCCUGAUUCAACCCGUUUGUCCACUGGCACUGUGCUGGUGACAGCCCCCUCUAUGAGCACCCCAAACAUGGGGGUGAUCGGCUACAGCGGGUCACCCAGCUUGGUCCGGACAGCAUCCACUGUGGUAACCAACGUAGUCAAGCCAGUUAGUAGCACUCCUGUACCUAUUGCCAGCAAACCUUUCCUGCGUGGAUCGGGGGAUGGGCUGCCACUGCUCAGUCCCCCACCCUCAGACGGCAACACAAAGCCAGAAGGAAUUUCCGUAAGCCGACUCGGCCUGCUCUAUGCCGAUAAAAAGACUCCCCAGAGCUCUGGCAUGGCUGGGAUCCAAGCCACGUCUCCUCAUUUAGUAGCUGGACCACUUCUUGGCCAAGGCUUGGCUGCGGUGGGGAAGUGUCCCCCAAACCAAGGAAGUGUUGUGACCAAUCUCCUUGUAGGAACUCAAGGUUAUAGCCAAGCCAGCGGUGCCGGAGGAGCUGGCGUCCCAGUGACUGUUUUGCCACCUGGGGCCAUUGCCCAGCAACAGUCUGUGCAGUUCAUCACCCAGAAUCCCCCUGGGCAGAAUGGGCCCGUGCCCCUCAGCAUCCUGCAGCCUCAAGGUAUUCUGUCAGGGGCAGCAGGAAAGGGCGGGAGCAUCACUCAGGUUCAGUACAUCCUGCCUACGUUGCCUCAGCAGCUGCAGGUGGCAGGGGGGAAGAUGCCGGCCGCAGCAGGCACUCCUGCGGCCGCCAGCAUUCACUUCACUCUGCCUCCCCCCAAUGGAAAAGUGAUCACUGCCCCCCAAGCCAUCCCCAUCAUCCAGCCCGCACCAGGAAGCAACAGCAGCAGCGUCACCGUCAUGUCCUCGGCACCCAAAGUUCAGUCAGUGUCCCCAGUGCAGGCACCAUCUCCUAGCAGUUCAGCCCACCUUGUCUCUGGGCAGGUGAUGCCCCCCACAGGGCUACAGGUGCAAGGCAAAGUCUUGGUGCCUAUGGCAGCCUCCCAGGUGACAGUGAGGACCACCUCAGCCACCCAGCUGCCUCUGGUUACUCCACCUUUCCCUGUCCCAGUGCAAAAUGGGAGUCAGCCGGCAAGCAAGAUUAUUCAGCUCACUCCAGUGCCAGUUGUCCAGCCUCAGUCCUCUUCACAGAGCAGUGGCACCUUGGUGCCCCCACUUAGCCCUGCUGCUCUUCAGGGCACCAUGGCCACCGCUGUCAUUGGUUCCCCAAGCCAAACCCAGAAAGUUCUGUUGCCCUCCUCCUCUACCAGGAUCACCUAUGUGCAGUCAGCAGCUGGGCAUGCCCUGUCCCUGGGCACCUCAACUUCUCAUACUCAACCCAGUGUCCCCCCAGCUGCUCCUGCCACCACCUACGUCCAGUCCCCAGUGGGACCUGCCCCCAUGGCACUGGGUUUCACAGCUAUUGGGCCACUGCUCUCGGGUCAGAAUCCUCUGUUGACUUCAGGGCAAGUGGGAGUGUCCCCACUGCAGAGCCCUCAACUCCCAGUUUCCUGUGCUGGACAAGGGCAGGUCAUUACUGCCGUCUACCCCACCCCCACAGGGACCAGUCCUGUUCAGUCUGCCAGUCACAGUGUGGUCUAUUCAGUGGCAGCCACAGGCACUGCCACUGUCUCCUCUCCCACAGCUAUCCUGCCCAAGGGGGGCAGCAUCAGUCAGAGCUCUGGAAGUUCUAACCACGGCCUGAUUUCCACAGCCACACAAGUAAUUCCCUCAACAGCCAUUCGACCUCAGCGCCCAUCCCUCAAGCCUCCCCAGAAGGUGAAAGCCACCAUUGCUAGCAUCCCAGUGGGUUCCUAUGAAUCAGCCUCUUCGCCAGGCCCCGUUCGGCCUCCUGUGGGGCAGCAGCAGGACUCUGGGGGAGCGCGAUACCACCGGGAGGCUGAAACCUUGGAACGGGCUUCACGGGAGACAGGACCCCAAGAUAACCCCUCUCCCCCUGCGUGCCAGGGGGCCGAACAGAGUCCCGCCAAAGCCCAAGAGUUGAAGCGAGAUUCCUGGGAGCCAGUAUCACCCCCAGCAUCCCAGCAGCCGCAAGGAACGGAGACAACGGCCACAGAAGUUGUCUGGAACCAGCGGGAGGCGGCAGCGGGGUCCAGUGAAGAGGGUGCUGCCCGUGACCCUCCACCAGCCUCUCUGUUAGGCAGCAAAGGGACAGAAACGGCCCCAAAAUUCCCCAGCUCCCCUGACUGGAGAACAGCAGGUCCAGAGGGUCGUCCUGAGGGUUCAGCAUCAUCUACAGGUCCAUCUUCCUCUUCUUCACUGAGUCCGAUCCCAUCAAACCCUGGAGAGGGCUCUAGGAGUGGAGCUUCAGCUCUGCCCCCAACAACAGCCCCUACAACCGAAGGGCUCGAGCCAAAGGAGGGUCCAGGUGGGAAGAAAGUGAAGGUCCGACCUCCACCCCUGAAGAAAACCUUUGAUUCUGUUGACAACAGGGUUCUCUCAGAAGUGGAUUUUGAGGAGCGCUUUGCCGAGUUGCCUGAGUUCAAGCCCGAAGAGGUGUUGCCUUCGCCCACGCUGCAGUCUCUUGCCACCUCUCCUCGUGCCAUCCUGGGUAGCUACCGCAAGAAGCGCAAGAAUUCCACUGACCUUGAUUCCUCCACUGAAGACCCCAUCUCCCCUAAACGGAAGAUGCGGCGUCGCUCCAGUUGCAGUUCAGAGCCCAACACUCCCAAAAGCGCCAAGUGUGAAGGAGACAUCUUUACUUUUGACAAAACAGGCACAGACACGGAGGACGUACUUGGGGAGCUGGAGUACGAGAAGGUGCCCUACUCUUCCCUCCGGCGAACCUUGGAUCAGAGAAGGGCUCUGGUCAUGCAACUCUUCCAGGAUCACGGCUUCUUCCCUUCAGCCCAAGCCACUGCAGCUUUCCAAGCCCGCUAUUCUGACAUAUUCCCUACCAAGGUCUGCUUACAACUUAAGAUUCGGGAAGUGAGGCAGAAGAUUAUGCAAGCAGCUACCCCCACAGAGCAAGCCCCCAGCACGCCGGAGCCCGGAGGCCCCCCAGGCCAGGGCAGCACUGCAGAGGGACAGCUGACAGAGUUGAGCUUCCCACAGGACUCAGCACAAGGCACAGAGGCUGCCCCCCCAGCAGCCAGCCCUUCCACUACAGCAGCUGGUUGGGACUGUAACCAGCAGUCUUCUCCAGGGGGGCCCAGUAGCAGCACCACCAGCAGCAGAUGAAGGGCACUGAGCAACAAGCAAGACAAGCAGCCUCGUGGAGUGGGGGGAGUCUCGGAGCUUUACCCCCACCCCUGCCCCGC